AUGUCUACCGAAACUGCUUUAUCUUACGCUGCUUUAAUCUUAGCUGAUGCUGAAAUUGAAAUUUCUGCUGACAAAUUAAUUACUUUAACUGAAGCUGCCAACAUCCCAGUUGAAGGUAUCUGGGCUGACAUCUAUGCCAAGGCUUUAGAAGGUCAAGACUUGAAGGACUUAUUAGUCAACUUCUCUGCUGGUGCCGCUGCUCCAGCCGCCGCUGGUGCUGCAGCUACUGGUGCUGCUGAAGAAGCUGCUGCUGAAGAAGAAGAAGAAGAAGCUAAGGAAGAAUCUGAUGAUGACAUGGGUUUCGGUUUAUUCGAUUAA